AUGCAAGAAUUAUGUAAACGAGGUUUUGCUGUUCACCAUUCUGGAAUUUUGCCUAUAAUUAAAGAAGUUGUAGAAUUACUUUUUCAAAAAGGUUUAGUUAAAAUAUUGUUUGCAACUGAAACUUUUGCUAUGGGGGUAAAUAUGCCUGCGAGAAGUGUUGUUUUUGAUUCUAUCGAAAAACACGAUGGAAAGGAAAAAAGAAUUUUAAAUUCGACAGAAUAUGUUCAGGUUGUUGAGAAAUUUAUUUUAGGUCAUACCUCUAUAUAA